AUGUCGUCGUCCCCCGUCGCCAAGAAGAUGAAGUCCACCAAGGUUAUCGGCACCCACUCGGGCACCUUCCACUGCGAUGAGGCCCUUGCUGUCUUCAUGCUCCGCCUCACCGACGAGUUCAAGGACGCCGACCUCGUCCGUACCCGUGACCCCGCCAAGCUCGAGCCCCUUGACAUUGUUGUCGACGUCGGUGGUGUCUACGAUGACGCCGCCAAGCGCUACGACCACCACCAGCGCGGCUUCACCGAGGUCUUUGGCUUUGGCGGCUUCAACAAGACCAAGCUCUCGUCGGCUGGUCUCGUCUACAAGCACUACGGCAAGCAUAUUAUUGCCCGUGUUCUCGGUGUCGCCGAGGAUGCUCCCCAGGUCGAGACCCUCUGGCUCCGCGUCUACGGCGAGCUCAUUGAGAGCAUUGAUGCCAUUGACAACGGUAUCAACAUCACCUCUGGCGAGCUUGCGUACAACCAGCGCACCGACCUGAGCUCGCGUGUCCGCCGUGUCAACCCCCGCUGGAACGAGACUACCAACGACGACGUCUACGACGCCAAGUUUGAGAUUGCCUCCAAGAUCACCGGCGAGGAGUUCCUCGGCCAGCUCGACUACUUUGCCAGCGCCUGGCUCCCGGCCCGCGACAUUGUCAAGGGCGCCCUCGAGGACCGCCUCAACGUCGACCCUUCGGGCAAGGUUGUCGUGUUCAAGCAGUCUGCUCCCUGGAAGGACCACCUCUUCGACAUUGAGCCCACUCUCCAGCCCGCCGCCGAGAUCCUCUACGUUCUCUACCCCGAGUCGUCCGAGGACCCCAACUCCAAGUGGCGCAUCCAGUGUGUCCCCGAGUCGACCGACAGCUUUAUCAACCGCAAGUCUCUCCCCGAGGCUUGGCGCGGUGUUCGCGACGCCGACCUCUCCAAGGUCUCGGGCAUCCCUGGCUGUGUCUUCUGCCACGCUUCGGGCUUCAUUGGCGGUAACGAGACCUACGAGGGUGCCAUUGCCAUGGCCCGCGCCGCUCUUUCCAUCUAA